AUGUUUGGCACUCUGGCAAACCCUCCAUCAUCACAAGAGGAGGCAAAAGCUCUCGAAUCCUAUGUAGGAAAGAUGUUAAUGAACAGAUGUAAAUAUAUGAGACUACCAGAGAAGGAGGAGAGGACGCUGGGAAGAUUUUCUCCAGGUCACGAUGCUCUGAAAUUCACCUCCGGAGGUAAUCGCCCGUUUAAGACAGAUGAAGUGAUGGCGCUUCAAGACGUCACGCUCCUCAAGGAGACAGCGAGGCCGGAUGGUGACCAGGAGACAGCUAGGCCGGACGAUGACCUAGAGACAGCGAGACCGGACGAUGACCUAGAGACAGCGAGGCCGGACGAUGACCUAGAGACAGCGAGGCCGGACGAUGACCUAGAGACAGCGAGACCGGACGAUGACCUAGAGACAGCGAGGCCGGACGAUGACCUAGAGACAGCGAGACCGGACGGUGACCUAGAGACAGCGAGGCCGGACGAUGACCUAGAGACAGCGAGGCCGGACGGUGACCAGGAGACAGCGAGGCCGGACGGUGACCAGGAGACAGCGAGACCGGACGGUGACCUAGAGACAGCGAGGCCGGACGGUGACCUAGAGACAGCGAGGCCGGACGAUGACCUAGAGACAGCGAGACCGGACGGUGACCUAGAGACAGCGAGGCCGGACGGUGACCUAGAGACAGCGAGACCGGACGGUGACCUAGAGACAGCGAGGCCGGACGGUGACCUAGAGACAGCGAGGCCGGAUGGUGACCUAGAGACAGCGAGGCCGGAUGGUGACCUAGAGACAGCGAGGCCGGACGGUGACCUAGAGACAGCGAGACCGGACGGUGACCUAGAGACAGCGAGACCGGACGGUGACCUAGAGACAGCGAGGCCGGAUGGUGACCUAGAGACAGCUAGGCCGGAUGGUGACCUAGAGACAGCGAGACCGGACGGUGACCUAGAGACAGCGAGACCGGACGGUGACCUAGAGACAGCGAGACCGGACGGUGACCUAGAGACAGCGAGGCCGGACGGUGACCUAGAGACAGCGAGGCCGGACGAUGACCUAGAGACAGCGAGGCCGGACGGUGACCUAGAGACAGCGAGGCCGGACGGUGACCUAGAGACAGCGAGGCUGGACGAUGACCUAGAGACAGCGAGGCUGGACGAUGACCUAGAGACAGCGAGGCCGGACGGUGACCAGGAGACAGCGAGACCGGACGGUGACCUAGAGACAGCGAGGCCGGACGGUGACCAGGAGACAGCGAGGCUGGACGAUGACCUAGAGACAGCGAGGCCGGACGGUGACCUGAGACAGCGAGGCCGGACGAUGACCUAG